AUGCGGCUUUGGCCUCGCUGGGCUGAGCACACGGGCGCUUCGCUUUCUAGGGCAGCUCGAGUGUCUGAUAUUUUGUUUGCUGAUGACACAAAGCUGAGCAGUGCCAUUGAUACAACAGAAGGACAGGAUGCCAUCAAGAGGGAUCUGGACAAGCUUGAGAAGUGGRACUACAAGAACCUCCUGAAGUUCAGCAAGUCCAAGUACAAGAUGCUGUGUCUGGGUCAAGGCAAUCCUAGAUACAAGUACAGACUGGGAGAAGAAGUCAGUGAGAGCAGCACUGCUGAGAAAGACUUGGAAGUUCUGGUGGACAAAAAUUUGGACAUGAUGAACAACCCUAUACCUUCCAACCUGAAGUCAGAAGCUAAAAAGGCAGCUAAAAUAUUACGAGAAUUUACAGAAAUAACUUCCAGAAAUGGACCAGAUAAAAUCAUACCACCUCAUGUAAUAGCUAAAGCCAAAGGCCUUGCUGUUUUGUCUGUUAUCAAAGCUGGAUUUUUGGUGACUGCUCGCGGGGGAAGUGGAAUUGUGUUAGCACGUCUUCCUAAUGGAACCUGGUCUGCUCCUUCUGCAAUAGGAAUUGCUGGCCUUGGUGGUGGAUUUGAAAUUGGAAUUGAGGUCUCAGACUUAGUGAUAAUACUGAAUCAUGAAAGAGCAGUAGAAGCUUUUGCUAAAGGAGGGAAUCUUACCCUUGGAGGAAAUCUUACUGUGGCAAUUGGACCUCUGGGGAGAAACUUAGAAGGGGAUGUUGCCCUGAGAAGCUCUGCUGCUGUCUAUACAUACUGCAAAUCUCGAGGACUGUUUGCUGGUGUAUCUCUGGAAGGAACCUGUUUAAUAGAAAGGAAAGAAACAAAUCGCAAGUUUUAUGGGCAGGAYAUUCGUGCUAGUGCCAUCCUGCUUGGUGACGUGCCUUUCCCUGCUCAAGCAGAUGAUCUUUAUCAAACUCUAGCAUCCUUCACUGAAGUGUAUGAAAAUGAAGAGCAAAAAAAUAACCCAGGAAAAUCUGUAAAUGACCCACCUGCUAGACCAUCAUCCAGACCRGAGCCACCUAAACCAACUGUUAGGCCUACACCACCAGCUAAAAAGAAUACAAACAAACUUUAUCCUGAACUUCCCAGCGAUUAUGCAUCUGUGGAUAACUCUUGGAGUGAUCCAGUAGAAGUGACAGCACUUUAUUCAUUUGAAGGACAACAGCCAGGUGACUUGACUUUCAAAGCUGGAGACAAAAUCACAGUCACAACGAAAACAAAUUCCCAAUUUGAUUGGUGGGAAGGAAAAAUAGGAGGACAAACUGGCAUCUUUCCGGCCAAUUAUGUUGCCAUAAGUAACAACUAAAUUUGUACAGAGUAAAAAAUGUUGAGGCRGUAAUAUAUUUACACUGAAAAAUAUAUUUUAACUUUUCACAUUUUAUUAAAAUAAGAUUUUUGAUCAAUGCUAUUCUAACAAAAAAAAUGAAAUGCUUUGAAUGGCCAUAACUUUACCCUAAACUUAUUUCUUAAGUAAACAGUAGGUGAUAGUCACUUUAUGAGAAUUUUAUUUUUGAGUGAGUUGCCAUAUAAAAAGUAAUCCAAUUUGUGCAUAGUUUCAGUUCWGUUUUGCUGUAUGGAUUUAUUUUUUAAAUGAGGGAAAAAUUGGAAACUAUUUAAAAUAAGACAUGCUAAAAAAAAAGUUGAUUUCAAUUUAGUUGUAAUUUAUGGUCUCUUAAUAAAUGCUCUUA